CUUCAAGUUUGCUGUAACAUUUCAUCGGUGAAGUUGUGGCCGGUCAAUGUAGAGGCACACCGUUGGCGUCGAGGCACAUUGGCGUUCGAGAAGAACUUCGAGUUUGAACCCAACGAUAUCUGGUCUGAGUUGCAGGUGUCUGUGUGUGACGAUAAAUCAGAGCCCACUCUUGGCUAUGCAGAACCAAGAGAAGGCAACAAAUGUACGCACCAUAUUGGACAAACACUCACCAUUCCGCCAGAAUCAAUUGAGACGAGUCGUUGGUAUUUGAUAUGCUACACAAAGUCAAGUGGAUGUUCACAGUGUCAUCUGGAGGCGUUAUGCGAUAAUGAGUUCACGAGUGAAUGUGCCGACAUUUGGAUGUUGAAUUCAAUCAGUGUGAUACGCAACGAUAGUAUGACGAUGUGGAUGAAGAUUGGAAAACGCUAUCCAUUCAUCAAAUGGACAUCCGUGCAGAUCACUGUGAAGGAUCAGGCUCGUGAUAAACGAUUAGCCAAAUAUGAACAAAUACCUCAGUUGGACAAACAACUGGAAAUAGAGCUAACCGAUUUGCAUCCAAGCGGUUGGUAUUUGGUGGAAACGUGCUUACACAUUGAGCCACCGAAAAGUUUCGUUGAAGAGUAUAACGUUGAGUUGAACGAAUAUUCAAGGGAUAUGUGCAAAACGGGUUCGUAUCGAACAAAGGCAUCCUCAGCCACCAAUUUAUUCGUAUUGUUGUCACCGUUUCGAGUCAUUUUUUGUUUCGUUAAUGUUGUGUUUAUAUUACGAUUGUUGUUGUUACAUCCUUUAUAG